UAUUCGGAUUUCCCAGAUUUAUCUAAGGUUCUUCCUCGUACCCGAACAGAAAAAGGCAGCCCCAUGACUGCUUUUAUCAAGCUCGAUGAUUCUCCCAUGUUCCAGAAGCAGGUGCGUUAUCUUGAACAAACAACGGAUGAGCUAAAACUACGUUGUCAAAAACUACACAAGGGGAGCAAAAAGUACAUGGAUGGUCUUGGAGAAGCAUGCAAUAUGGACUAUAUAUUUGCAGAAUCAUUGGAGGCAUUUGGUGGUGGUCAAGAUGACCCUGUCAGUGUAUCUAUUGGAGGUCCAAUAAUGACGAAGUUUGUUACUGCUUUUCGCGAGAUUGAAACGUUUAAGGAGCUUCUUCGUUCCCAAGUUGAUCAUUUACUUGUGGAUCGUUUGAAUCAGUUUUUGACCAAUGAUCUGCAAGACGCAAAGGAAUCACGCAAACGAUUGGACAAAGCUUCACAUGUGUAUGAUCAGGCUCGUGAGAAGGUUGCAUCUUUGAAAAAGAGUACACGGGAUGAAGUAGUUUCUGAAUUAGAGGAGGACCUGCAGAACUCAAAAUCAACAUUUGAGAGGAGCAGAUUCAAUCUAGUAAAUUCUCUCAUGAAUAUAGAAGCGAAAAAGAAGUACACGUUUUUGGAAUCUCUUAGUGCAAUAAUGGAUGCCCAUUUGAGAUAUUUUAAGCAGGGAUAUGAACUGUUGAGUCAAAUGGAGCCUUUCAUUCAUCAGGUGUUGACAUAUGCCCAACAAUCGAAGGAACAAGCUAGUAUUGAACAAGAUAGACUUGCAAAGAGAAUUCAGGAAUUUAGGACACAAGCGGAGAUGACAGAACCAGUGCCUAGUAAUUUCGGGACCACUACAACUUAUGUUAGUGCAAAUGGUGUCGGAAUGAGUUCUGAUAAGAAUAUAGAAGCAAUAAUGCAGUCCACUGCAAAAGGGCUGGUCCAGACCAUCAAGCAAGGGUAUCUUCUAAAACGAUCUUCAAGUUUGAGAGCAGAUUGGAAGAGACGAUUCUUUGUACUUGAUAGCCGGGGGAACUUGUAUUAUCAUCGGAUUUUGCCCAACAAACCUGCGGGUACACAAUCAUACAAUUCAAUUGCUAAUGUUGAACACCAUAGUCGUGUAUUCGGGAGGUUCCGGUCAAGGCAUAGCAGGGCAGCGUCGAAUGAUGAUGAAGACUUGGGCUGUCAUACUGUUGAUCUUCGUACUUCAACAAUAAAACUCGAUGCUGAGGAUUCAGAUUUGCGUCUGUGCUUCAGGAUAAUUUCGCCCUUGAAAACAUACACACUUCAGGCUGAAAAUGAAGCUGAUAGGAUUGACUGGAUGAACAAGAUCACAGGAGUGAUUGCCUCGCUCUUGAACACCCACCUUAGGCAGACACAUUUCGACAGAAGUAAUAUGGGUAAUAACAGUGAAACAGUUGGUGAUAGUUCCGCUGUUUCACGAGUCGAUAACAAGGGAUCUACAGCGGAUGAUAUGCAUAUCAAUCUGGCAGAUUCUGUUUCUACCAUUCUUCGAGAGAUUCCCGGAAACGAUCUUUGUGCAGAAUGCAGUGCACCUGAACCUGAUUGGGCAUCACUUAAUCUUGGCAUAUUAAUGUGCAUUGAAUGCUCUGCUGUACACCGGAAUCUAGGGGUUCACAUAUCAAAGGUGAGAUCAAUAAAUCUAGAUGUGAAGGUUUGGGAACCUACUGUUAUGGAUUUGUUUGGGAAUUUGGGUAAUACAUACUGCAAUUCCAUAUGGGAGAAUCUACUUCAAAGUAAUAGUGAGGAUGGAUCAGAUCCUCUUGCAGUUAACAAGCCUAAUCCUAGAGAUGCAAUUCAACAGAGGGAGAAGUAUAUCAUAGCAAAGUAUGUGGAGAAACGGCUAGUCUGUCAUGAAGAAAUGAGCGCUAGUAACCCUUCAUAUGCCACCAGAAUCUGGGGAGCAGUCAAGAGUAACAAUAUACGGGAGGUAUAUCGACUAAUUGCUACUUCAAAUGCCAAUAUUGUCAACACCACAUAUGAUGAGGUGGCUGGUGCCGAUUUGUUUCACAAUGUUCAUGAGCAUGAUUCGUCAAAAGAUUCUGUUUCUGCCGAAAAAACGGAUCCAUUCUCGUGUAAAAAGAUUACGGAUUAUAGCAAGCCUGAAAGUUGUCUUGAAGGCUGUACAUUGUUGCAUCUAGCAUGCAACUCUGGCUAUCAAGUGAUGCUUGAACUAUUGCUACAAUUUGGUGCUGAUAUAAACAGGUCCGACAGCCAUGGUCGGACACCGCUUCACCAUUGUAUCUGCUCCGGUAAUAACAAAUUGGCAAAGUAUAUGCUCAGAAGAGGGGCGGUUGCAUCUAUAAAAGACGGUGGCGGGCAGGGUGCUCUAGAAAGAGCCAUGGAGAUGGGGGCUAUUACUGAUGACGAGUUACUAAUUUUGCUAUCGGAGAGCAAGUGAAGUUUGACCCGACUGCCUGAUUAAUCCUUUUAUGCGUGUCGGGUGGAUACAGUCAAUCACUGUCUACGGAUCAUAGAUCAGGUUCUCGAGAAAAGGGAGAGACCCCAGAGGGUAUUAAACUCUGUCAAUACAUCUCUUUGUUCUUUUAGUCACUGCAAACACACUCUACCUCUGUGUGGGAUAUACUGGGUAUCUUUGGUUUUGUGUUCGAUAAAUAACUGGUUAUACAAAGGUUUUUGUCGGGAUAGGCUUCUUGUGUUGACUGUGAUCGGGGUUUUGUCGUGUAUAUUUGAUUCAUAUGUGAAGUGUUUGAUGGUUGUAUGUUGUACACUUGUUUAUGGUAUGAAGUUGAUCGAGUUUUGGAUCA